CCUGCAGGCCCAGCAGCCUCGGGGCGGAUGGCUCCGGCCGUCAGGCUCCGCGGCGCGGCCCCGCGCGCCCUCUUGCUCCCGCUGCCGCUGCUGCUGCUGUUGCUGCUGCUGUUGCUCCCGCCGCCGCCGCUGCUGGCCGGAGCCCGGCCGCUGGAUGCCCACCGCCACCCCUCUGUGAGGAAGGGGCAGCAGCCUUGGCAUGCAGCUCUGUCCAGUGGUCCGGCACCCGCCUCUGCCACCCAGGAGGUCCCCUACGCCGCCAGCGGCCCCAGGCCUCCCCGCUGCGGUGUGCCUGACCCACCUGAUGGGCUGAGUACCCGAAACCGGCAGAAGCGGUUUGUGCUGUCCGGUGGGCGCUGGGAGAAGACGGACCUCACCUAUAGGAUCCUCCGGUUCCCAUGGCAGCUGGUGCGGGAGCAGGUGCAGCAGACAGUGGCAGAAGCCCUGCGGGUGUGGAGUGAGGUGACACCACUCACCUUCACUGAGGUGCAGGAGGGCCGUGCCGACAUCAUGAUCGACUUCACCAGGUACUGGCAUGGGGACAAUCUGCCAUUCGAUGGGCCUGGGGGCAUCCUGGCCCAUGCCUUCUUCCCCAAGACCCACCGAGAAGGGGACGUCCACUUCGACUAUGAUGAGACCUGGACUGUUGGGGACAACCAGGGCACAGACCUGCUGCAGGUGGCAGCCCACGAAUUUGGCCACGUGCUGGGGCUGCAGCACACGACAGCAGCCAAGGCUCUGAUGUCCCCUUUCUACACCUUCCGCUACCCACUGAGCCUCAGCCCAGAUGACCGCAGAGGCAUCCAAUACCUAUAUGGCCAACCGAGGCUUAUCCCCACCUCCAGGGCCCCAGCCCUGGCCCCCCGGGCUGGAGUGGAGGACACCAACGAGAUUGCACCACUGGAGCCGGGAGCCCAGCCAGAUGCCUGUGAGGCCUCCUUUGAUGCAGUCGCUACCAUCCGAGGCGAGCUCUUCUUUUUCAAGGCAGGCUUCGUGUGGCGGUUGCGUGGGGGCCGGCUGCAGCCCGGCUAUCCUGCGCUGGCCUCUCGCCACUGGCAGGGACUGCCUGGCCCUGUGGAUGCUGCCUUCGAGGACGCCCAGGGGCACAUUUGGUUCUUCCAAGGUGCUCAGUACUGGGUGUACGACGGUGAGAAGCCCGUCCUGGGCCCUGCGCCCCUCUCUGAGCUGGGUCUUGUGGGAUCCCCAAUCCAUGCCGCCUUGGUCUGGGGUUCCGAGAAGAAUAAGAUCUACUUCUUCCGAGGCGGAGACUACUGGCGUUUCCAUCCCAGUACCCGGCAUGUGGAUAGUCCAGUGCCCCGCCGGGCCACUGACUGGCGAGGGGUGCCCUCUGAGAUCGACGCUGCUUUCCAGGAUGCUGAUGGAUAUGCCUACUUCCUGCGUGGCCGCCUUUACUGGAAGUUUGACCCUGUGAAGGUGAAGACUCUGGAAGGCUUCCCCCGUCUUGUGGGCCCUGACUUUUUCAGCUGUGCCGAGCCUGCCAACACUUUCCUCUGACCACAGCUUCAAUGUCCUCAGGGAUGCUGACCCCUGCCAAGCCACAGAUUUCAGGCUAGAGAUCCACAGCCAUCUUUAUGGCUAGAGGCACCAAGCACAGGACCAAGCCCGUGUCUCCUCAGUGGGGUGGGUAGGGGUAUGAACACCAUGACAACUGCAGGGAGGGCCAUGCGGGUCGUGGUCACCUGCCAGCAACUAUCUCAGACUGGGCAGGGAGCCUUUGGCAUUACUUAAGAGGGAAGGCAGUCUGGGGCUGGCUCUGCACCACCUGUGCAGGCCCUGGUCAAACUUGGCUACUCUCGAUGUUUCUGUCUCUGAGGGUAGGACUUUGACAGGCCUGGGAGAACCAAAGUGUCUUCACUUACUCCCUGCUGUGAGGUUCCUGCCAGGAGUUGGUGCUGAGGCAGUGGUGCCAGGCCCCUAAGGCUUUCAACCCUGGUUGAGCAACUAGGCCAUGGGGCAGAACCCUCUCCUGAGAAGUGAGCUCUGAGUAGAUGCAUGCAUCUGGCUGUCUUUCAGCUCCUGAUGCUGGAGCUCUGUUCCCCAGGAUGCAGGCCAAAAGGCCCACAGGCAGCUGGGGAGGGGUGUUCCUGCAGGAGACCCGAGGCCCUGGAGGCCCCAACAUACCUCAAUCCUGUCCUGGAUCCUUCUGAAACCCUCACCCCAGCACUGCUGUCUUCCAAAGCCAUGUAAAUGUGUGUACAGUGUAUACAAAGCAUUUUUUUUAAAA